AUGGAGGCUUGGUGGAAGCCCUUGAUUAACCACGUUCAUGUAUUAACUAACUUAUUAUGUUUGUGCUAUGGAUUCUGCACUGGAAGAAGAUUCAUAUACUCUAUGUCUGACUCUGAGGUUGAGCAUGUUGUUGCUCUGGGUGCUGCUGGUGAUGGACUGCUUCAUUCGUCGCCGCCAUGCCCUGAGCAGGAACAUGCUGCUGUGGGUGAAGGCUCAUCUAAGCCCACUCAGGAGAAGCAAGGAGUGGAUGCAAAUGUGGCUGGAAAUGACCCAGCUACAAAGAAAAGAAAGCAGAUUGUGGUGAGAUCAAAGGUAUGGGAUCAUUUUGAGCGUAUUAUAGAUGAACCAUCUGGGAAAUUGCUUAUGGCUAAGUGUUUAUAUUGUGCUAAAGUGUAUAAUUCUGACACUAAACUAAAUGGCACAUCAACUCUUAGAUCACAUAAUCUUGCAUGCCUUAAAAAUCCACACGCUAAGCAUACUAGGCAGGCUUUGCUUACUCUGCAGCCUGUUAUUAAGUGUGAUGGGGAUGAGGGGAAUGGCAAGUUAGGUACAUGGAAAUUUUCACAACAGGCUAUUAGGGAUGCUGUUGCAUACAUGAAUAUUAUAGAUGAGCUUCCUUUUAGAUUUGUGGAGGGUCCUGGCUUUAGGAGACUGAUGAACAUUGCAUGCCCUAGGUUUGUUAUCCCUUCUAGAUGGACUAUGAACAGAGACUGUUAUCAAUUGUACCUGAAUGAAAGGUUAAAACUGAAAACUUUUUUGAAAAAUGAAAGCCAAAGGGUUUGUAUUACUACUGAUACCUGGACUAGUAUACAAAGGGUCAAUUACAUGUGUGUAACAUGUCAUUGGAUUGAUAAUCAGUGGAAGCUCCAUAAGAGAAUCUUGUCCCUUGUUCAUGUCUGUGGCCACAAAGGUGAUUACAUUAGUAAGACCUUAGAAAACUGUUUGCUUGCUUGGGGUUUGAAAAAUGUUUUUACUAUUACAAUGGAUAAUGCUGGAAAUAACAAUACUGCUAUUGCUGCUUUUAAAAAGAAAAUGCUGUUGUGGGGCACUAAUGUUUCCAAAUGCCAAUAUAUGCAUAUGAGGUGUAUUGCACAUGUUAUCAAUCUUGUAGUGUCUGAUGGAUUGAAAGAUAUGAAUUCUUCUGUCAAAAAAGUAAGAGAUUGCAUUAGAUAUAUCAGGAAUAGUCCAUCCAGGCUUAAACAAUUUAAAGAUCUUGCUAAUGAAGCUAAACUGGGUACUAAGAAAUCUCUUUGCCUUGAUGUGCCUACUAGAUGGAAUUCCACUUAUCUUAUGCUUGAUACUGCAUGUAUUUUUAAGUCUGUGUUUGACUCUUUUGAGGAAGUGAAUGAAGCUUUUAGGAAUGAUAUGGCAGAAAACAUACCUAAUAUUCAUGAUUGGCAAACUGUUAAGAAGUUUUCUACUUGCCUAUCUUAUUUUUAUGUCACUACAUUACGAAUAUCUGGAUCUUUGUAUGUGACAUCAAACUUGCAUUAUUUGGAGGUAUGUGAUUUGUCUAUCAUGUUAGAUGAGAUGACUGCUAGUGAUGAUGUAGAAAUUAAGCAGAUGGGCAUGAGAAUGAGAGAGAAAUUCAACAAGUAUUGGGGUGAUCCUCAUAAGAUGAACAAAUUGAUCUUUUUCUCAUAUAUUUUUGAUCCUACCUCUAAAUUGAAUGAUCUGCUGUUUUCUGUGUCUAGUAUGUUUGGGAAAAAGAAUGGUUCUAUUUUGUUUGAGACUGCGAAAUAUGAGUUAAAUGUCUUGUUUGAUGAGUAUCAAAAUGCCUACUUGAAUGGUUUGUCUGGAGCUGGAAGCUUUCAUUUUAGUUCAACUCAGCCUGAAGAGGGGCCUGUUUCUAGUCAAGUGCCAAUCCUGCCAGUGCCUCAUCCUGCAAAGAGGCAUACCUCUUUGAUGAAGGCUAAAUUUGCUGAACUAAAUAAGGAGCUUGCAGAAACUGGGCCAAGGAAAUCUGAGCUUGAAAUAUAUUUGACAGAGGCAUCUGUUGAGAAUGAUGAUGCCUUUGAUGUAUUGAACUGGUGGAAGCAGAAUGCUGCAAGAUUUCCAAUCCUUUCGAGGAUGGCUCGAGAUAUCCUUGUUGUCCCAAUUUCUACUGUUGCUUCUGAAUCUGCCUUCAGUACCUCUGGCAGAGUGUUGGAUUGUUUUCGGAGUUCUUUAACUCCAAGAAUUGUGGAAACUUUAGUGUGCACUCAGUAUUGGCUCAGAGCAGAAACUAUCCCUCUUGUGGUUGAGGAAAAUCUGGAUGAGCUUGAACCUUUUGAGCAAGACUUGCCAAUCUAUGUGCCUGAUCUGUUUUUGUCCCUUCUGAAGUAUCAUCUUGUCCCUUCUGAAGACUUUAGUCUUGAACUAUUAUUCUGUGUUGUUGCUGCUGCUCCUGUGAAUCUGUGA